AUGGGGCAGUGCACAUCUCACAGCUGCGUUGCAGUCCAAGAUUCUUCUGCAUGUAUGUCACCAACACCUGUCCCUGAGAGAGUAGAAAAGAAGAAGAGAGGGAGGCUUUUUAGAUGGUGUUUUUCUAGGAAAUCCAAGAAAACAACCAUCGAAGCCCAACAGGGUCGGUGCAGAAAUUGCAGGAACCAAAAACCUCAGAGAUGCUCUGAUGGUGAACAUGAACAGAAGAACAACACCCAGAGCAUCAACACUCCCAGCAAGAACAAAAUUGUUCAUUCACUGGACAAAGCUGAAGAGAGCAGUGACACUAACACUUCAGUGUUCAGCCAUGUGUCUCCCUUCAGCGGUGUGAGGGUAGUUAAAGUGGAUGUGCAUAGAGCUGAAGACAGCAGUGCCACUACACUGCACAGCCAUGUGUCUCCCUUCAGCGCUGUGGAGAAGGUUAACGAAGAUGAAGCUGAAGAAAACAGCAACACUUCAGUGUUCAGCCAUGUGUCUCCCUUCAGCGGUGUGAGGGUAGUUAAAGUGGAUGUGCAUAGAGCUGAAGACAGCAGUGCCACUACACUGCACAGCCAUGUGUCUCCCUUCAGCGCUGUGGAGAAGGUUAACGAAGAUGAAGCUGAAGAAAACAGCAACACUUCAGUGUACAGCUGCGUAUCUUCCUUCAGCGCCGUGGAGAAAGUUAACGAAGAUGUUGCUAAAGCUGAAGAAAACAGCAACACUUCAGUGUACAGCUGGCACAGCUGUGUAUCUACCCUCAACACUGUGCAGGAGGCUGAUGCUCCCAGACAAGAGCAAGAGGAGAUCAACACGAACAACAGUACUUCUCCAACUGUGUCAUCCAUUGCUAAAGGGGACCUCAACGCUCCUUUGCCAUUGGGCGACAUGUCAUGGAAAACUGAGGAUGAAAUUAUCAAUUUAAGUCCAAACCCAAAGACAGGGAACAUCAGCCAGGACUAUGAAAUUGGUAGACUUCUCGGUCAAGGAGGAUUUGGAAAAGUGUUUGAAGGAACGCGAUUGUCUGAUUCACGAAAGGUGGCACUCAAACAUGUGGCGAAGGAAGAAUGCUAUGGAAAUGAGCGACUUAGUCUAUUUGGCAAAGCGCUUCCAAAUGAGGUCGCUAUGAUGAUUCGUGUGAGCGAAGGCCCCAGCGUUCCCCAAAUAAUAAAGCUGCUGGACUGGUAUGAGACACUGAAUGAGUACAUACUGGUCAUAGAGCGGCCCACACCUUGCAAAGAUCUGCGGCAGUAUUUAGUUAAAAAUGGUGGCAGAAUCAGCGAAUUUGAAGCACAAGUUGUGAUGCAUCAAGUUGUUACUGCUGCAAGAAUAUGCAUUGAAAGGGGAGUCUUCCAUAGUGACAUCAAGCUAGAAAACCUGCUAAUCAAUGAGAACAGCUUGCAGGUCAAAUUAAUCGACUUCGGUGUUAGUAAAAGCUUGAACACGUUUGGUUAUACGAGGUACAAUGGUACAAGAAUGUAUGGUCCCCCUGAAGCUUUCCGCAGAAAAUGCAGGUACUACGCCAAGCCGGCAACAGUAUAUUCUUUAGGUGUACUGUUGUUCGCGAUGCUGUUUGGGAAGUACCCUUACAAGACUAAGAUCUUUGCCAGGACCUUGAAAACAGCAGAAAUUUCCAAAGAAUGCAGAGAACUGAUAUCUUCAUGCAUGGAAAAAAAUCCAAACAAGAGGAUUGACUUGGACAAGAUCCUCGACCAUGACUGGUUCCAAGUUUUGCUCCUGGAUCCAGAGAGUCAAAACGAGGAACCCAUAGUAAGUGAAUUCCCAUGUGUGGAUUCAUAUUUCCUGAGAAAAAAUUAAUCUUUGUGCGUUAGGAAAAAAACGUAGAUGCAAAUACGGGUCCAAGCACAGCUUACAUGUACUUUGCAAAAGAAGAAGAAAAGAUUUAUUU